AUGGGACUGGAAACUGAAAAUAGAAAACUAAGGGAGGACUACCGGAAGAAAAGAAGAAUUGUGCCUGACAAUAAACGAAAACGAGCUUUGUUCAGUUGUGAUCGGUGCAAGCAGAGAAAGAUCAAAUGCAAUAGAGUCAAAAUUUCGGACAGUGGUGAGUUGAAUGUCCGAUAUGACAAUACCACCAGCUGUAUCAACUGUGUGAAGGCCUCAGCAGAAUGCAUCACUCAGUUGCCUCGAAAAAAAAGAAUGUACUAUCAUCAUGUUGACAAAUUGGAGUUUCAUUUCCAGAUACUAGAGUCUCUUCUCACCGGUCUACAUCCAGAAAUCGAUGUCUCGGACCUUAACCAGUUGAUAAAGUUUGGGAAUUCCAAAGGAAUAGAUAUGCCUGAUUAUGAGGAAUUUUUAUCCAAAAGUGAAAAUAGCUUACUUGGGCGUGUCAAUAAGACUCCUGUUUCUACUUCUUCAGGUAAUACCAAGGCCCCCAAGAACGACAUCAAAAAUCUUCUCCAUCCGGAAAACACACAGGUGAUCACCAGCGACAAUAGGGAUGAAAUCUCCGAAAAACUGAACUCUGGAGGGCAGGAAAAUAAUAGCGCUGUUGAAAUCCCCAAGAUGAAUGAUUACGCUGUGGAAAGAUUGGUGUAUGAUAUGGAAGGGAAUCUGCAUUAUAUAGGUUAUGCAAGCUCAUUUGCCCUAUUCAAUGGGGUAUGUAGUUUGGUUAUGAGAAACUCUAGACAGACUAGAUUGACAUUUGAUAAUCACGUCCACACUUACCAAACAGAUGAGAUCAAGCGAUUCCAAAAUCGUACCACCUUUAUUACCAAUAAAGAUAUUUCUACCACCUGUAUCGGGGAAGUCCCGAUUUUGUCUAUGGCAUCUGAUCAUUUGCCAUUGUGGAUCAAAUUUCCAGGUGUCAGUUUGAUCAGUAAAGAGGAGGCCGAUUUUUAUGUUGAAAUCUUUUUCAAUAAGAUACAUCCAUAUUAUUUCAUUUUCAGUGAGGAUGCUUUUAGAGAAAAAUAUAAGCAAUUUUGGUUGGAAAUUGCUCUGUUAGAGAAUGCAAAUGCAAUGUUUGAUGAUAAGACUUCUGAAAGCGAAAGAUAUAAAAAAAUAUUGGAAAUUAGAGAAAUUUCAAGUAAUUGGAUUUUUUGUAUUUAUUUGGUUUGGAUCUUAGGGGCAAGAUUCAAGCCUUAUCCAGGUGGUGAACUAAAUGAAAAUCUAAUUGAUAUGUUCCUUAAUUUAAUUAAGUUAGGAUUGCCAGGAAUUAUUCUUAAGUCAUCUUUAAUGAGUAUUCGUGUGUUAUAUUUAUUGGCUAUUGAUCUUUUCGCUUCUAAGAACAAGAAUUCUGCUUGGAUUUUGAUAGGGUUGGCUUGCCGUCAGGCCAUUUCUUUAGGUCUUCACAGAGAGUCAGGAGUUUUGAAUUUAAAAUAUAAGCGACCAAUUUCUCUCCGGAAGCAAAUAUGGUGGUCACUAUAUAUUUUUGAAGUUACUUUGGGAAUAUCAUUUGGUAGACCGUCAAUCAUUCUCAACAAAGAUAUUAGUAUCAGUUAUCCAACCGAUCUCUAUACCAGGCCAGGAGAAGAAGAUUUUUUGAGCUAUUACUUGGAAACUAUCAAGUUGACGAAAUUAUUAAACGAAAUUUACGAAGUUAGAGGAGUUAUCUACAAUGAAAAAGAUCAGUCACCUUAUAGUUUGAAAGUUAUCACCAAAACCUUAAGCAUCAGAAAGAAGUUGAUCGAAUUCAAAGAAAAUUUGAAGGCAAAAAGAAUGUCAUUUGAAGCCGUUCUUGAGGAUACGAAGAAUGAAUUUUAUCACCAAAAAAUUAAAUCAACGUAUGGAGUAAAAAGAUAUAGGUUGGAUUUGACUAUGAAUUAUCAUUGCUACAUGGUUAUUAUGAGCUUGCCGUUCAUUUUAUAUACAGUUAAUAUGCUCGUUGCCAAGCCGGAGUUUUUGGGUCAUUUAGAUGAACCAAUAAUAGCAAUUUUGACUAGUGGAAUUGAAAGUGCCAUUGAAUUAAGUAAAUGUCUUCACAUUUAUAAUGAGUUAGAUUUUUUGGAAGGCAAUUUGUUCUCAGAUUUGUUUUUUGGUUAUACUUCCACAAUGGUUUUGGUUCUUGUUUUCCUCAUGUUGAGAUCAUUCAAGAUUAUUGAAAAAAGAAAUAUAACUAAUAUGACGGCAGUUCAAUAUUUGAGAGAUCAAUUGAAAAUCUAUGAUAAUCAAACCCCGGUAGAUAGCAAUAUUAUUUUAUCAAGUGUCUAUAGGACUAGAGUAGCAAUGAACUCGGGAAAAAUUAAUGUCGGUGAAACCAUGCAACGGUCACUCAGUGUCACUGAAGACUUGCUCAGAGAUAUUGGUCUCGUGAGAAUUUUGGAUAAGUUGUUCGGCUUAGUUGAGAAGUCAGAUCUGGAAAUACCAAAGUCUAAGACAAGUGACAACCCCAUAGUUGAUGAGAAGCCCAAUAUUGAACACGGAAUCUUUGAUAAUUUGGAUAUCAAUCCUAAAUUUUUCACAGAUAGAGCAAAAAAAUCGAGCUUUCCCAAUGACCACUACAAUGAUAUUGUGGAGAAUAAUUACAAAGACGUUACCAAGUUGAAAGAGGUUCCAGAACCAGUGUCAUUAGAAAAAGAAAAAAUGAAGAAUGCUAAUGUUGCGUCAUUAUUCUUCUCAAAAGAAAAUAUGGAUAAACCCAUUGCAGAAGAGGGUUUUAAUAUUCAACCAAUUUCAAACAAUUCGACUAUUAGAAUCCAAAGCGGAUUGAGUCCAGUGAGGAAUGCUAGUGGAAAUACAUUGAAAGUUGAAAAUUUUGGUAAAACACCAGCACCUGUUGACAAAGCAUCAACAGACAUUGACAGAUUUUUCUCUGAAUUAAAAUUCGAUAAUACGGGUCAAUUUGGAUUUGAUAACUGGGACAUUUCUAUUAAGAAUACCUUAUUGAACAAUAUGAAUGAUCAAUUUGAUGAUGUGGAACUAAAUAGCGAUGCUGUGGGGGAGUUUUUGCAAUCAUCUGGAACUCUCGCCCAAUUGGGAGGGCCACUAAAUAAUCAAAACCAUUCAAGCGGUAGCAAUAUGUUCAAUGUUCCAUACACAAGUGGAAUGAUGAAUGGAACUGUGUCAGAUAAUUUUCAACCCCAGCUCAAUGGAUCGGUUGCUAACAAUAACUUCAAUAUUAUAAAUACUGGGAUGCAAAUUGAUUUCACCGAUAGUCAGCUACAUGCAUUUUUGGAUGAAUGGAAUGAGCAAUAA